CAUAAGUGCAUUAGAAAGAUUAAAAGACAAAGAAUAUUUGAGUAUGAAAGAAGCAGACAUAUACGCUGAAAUUGGAUAUGGUUUUAAUGAAUUAGAAAGUUGGACUUCGUCUAUUGAACAUUGUUUAACAGCAUUAGAUUGGUAUAGAAAUAUGGAAAUAAGUAAUUCUGAUAAUAUCUGUCGUUUACAUACUACACUUGGUAGUUGUUAUGGUAGAACAGAGAUGUAUAAUUCCGCCAUCGAACAUUUUAAAAAUGCCUUGAAAAUCAAUGAAGAUAACAAUAGUUGCUCGACAGUAAAAGAAUCGAUUUUUCUGAACCAUCAAUUAGGUUACUGUUAUUAUAUGUCUGAACAAUAUGAAAUGGCUUUUGAGUAUUGUGAAAAAUCGAUUUAUACAGUUGAACGUUCAUUAUUUCAUCGAAAAUAUUAUACAAUGACUGAUAGUUAUGAAAUAAUUGCAAAUAUUUAUGUAUACUACGAAGAAAAAACUCUUGCUUGUAAUUGUUAUAUUAGAGUAUUGGAACUAUUAUCAGCUGACGACGAAUCAGUUUCAAUAAUCAAAAUAAGCCGCAUCCAAAAUUCAUUAAAAAGUUUAAACUCAAAAUUCUGGCUACAUAAGGGCGAUUGA